AUGGGAAAAACACUCUCUCACCCUGGAGGUGAAUAUGAAUACAUUGAUGUCAUUGUGGAAUAUCAUCUCCGUCAGAUCGUUGCCGUUGUAUCGGAAGCGGAUAAGCAGAAUUUGAGGAAGGCAGGAGUAUAUGCUCUCACUCACCAAGUGCACAAUGCACCUCAGAAACACUUGUUGGCUUUUGAGAAAGUGCACUUGACAGAAAAAUUUGAAGCAGUGGUUAGUUUCAAAGUGGAUGUUUGUAAAGAUUUGAGUGUGGUUGAUGAACUUGGUAACAGAAAAUUGGCCUUAGGAGAACAUGUGCUUCAUGUUGGAGACUUGAAGCAUCCUUUAGGUGUGAUGAUAUAA